AUGGAGAAGGACUAUUCCCUGCCUUAUACACCACAGUUUGCGCAGUGCAAGGACACUAUCAGGGAGUUCUAUGAAGAAAGUCUUAAUAAAUGUUGCAGUCGGUGCCCUCCUGGUCAAUAUGAGUUACAGAACUGCACUGACAGAAUAGACACAAAAUGCAGUCCCUGUGAACUUAACUCGUAUACAGCUGUCUGGAAUCGGUCUCCUCAGUGCUUUGCCUGCUUACCACCUUGCAGGAAAGGUUUUGUGCAGCUUCAGGCGUGCACAGAAUCACAGGACAGAAUCUGUAGCUGCCCACCCAAUGAGUACUGCAUUUCAAAAAUAUAUGACCAGUGCGAAAUGUGCAGAGUGCAUAAAAAGUGUGGAAAAGGCUACCGAGUUUCCAAAAGAGGAACAGACAGCACAGAUACAGAAUGUGUACCUUGUCCUCCUGGAAAUUUUUCAGAUGAGGAAUCUUACAGUACCAGCUGUAAGCCUCAUAGAGUUUGUAAAACAGUGGCUAUUCCAGGAAAUCGCACGCAUGACACUGUUUGCAGUGACUCAGGAGUAGUGUUAACCACAGCUCUACCUCACACUGCUGUGAAAACCAUCCUGACCCAAAGCUCAAAUUCUGACAGACCUGAAAUAUUAACUCGACCUGUCGUUCUAAGUGCUGCACCUGAUACGUCUUAUAUCAUUGGCUCAGUAGCAGGGCCAUUGGUAUUAAUCGUGAUAAUUGCUGUUUUGGGAUACUGCUUAGUCUCUCGUAAAAAAAGCACUUUUAUAUUCUCCACCAAUUGGGGAAGCAGAUUUGGUGAGUGUGACUCAUUCAUUCCUUUUCAUCUUCUCCGUUUCUCUAACAGUUAUAUAGAAAUCAAGCCAUCUUACCUAAUUAUGAAAAAGCUAAAACUGUACAUUUUUCUGCAAAUGUUCCAGCCUUUUUCGCCUGCAGAGAAGCAGUGUGAGAAAAAAGUAAGAAAUACAGGACCACAGAAGUCCAGUAACUCUGAGCAGGAGGAACAGCAUCUCUUGGAAACACCAGGCUCAAGCAGUAGCUCGCUCAAUAAUCCAGCUGGUGCCUCAAGGAUCAGUGUAAUAAGUAAUAAGAACAACGAAAAGAAAGAAGUGGAAGGGCUUCAGCAGCAAUAUUCAGUCACAGAAGGUUGUAAACUUCACAGCGGAGACAGACACAACUCUGCAAGUUCAGAACACUCUGGUAAUGGAGGAACACAGGUGAAUGUGACUUGCAUUGUUAAAGUAUGUAAUUCCGACCGCAGUGCGCAGUUCCCAGAGCAGACUAGUUCAACUAGCAUGGAUUAUGGAAAUGCUCCCCAUUAUUCUCCAACAGGGGAAGAAAUUCCUCUUUCAAAAGAAGAAAACCUCUUGCAAAAAGAAACUGAAAUUAAGAUCUCAGUGGAAACCGAGGAUGAUUUACUUCAAGACCUACUUCCAGAAGAAAAGACAUUUCCCCUGGGUAUUCAAGAUGUGGGGAUGAAGAUUAGUUAAAGGAGAUUACAGAUCAAUUAU